AUGACAACUUGUUGCAAAAUUUACUACGUCCAGCUGCCGAAAUUAGACGUGUCCGCGACCCUUAACGUGGAUAGAAGGCUCCGUGAGACCACAGCCUGGCAUAAAUUUCGAGGAGAUAGCUAUUGGCUUUUGGCGUACCCAUUGGAGCCGCGUGUUCCCAACGCUCUCCCCGUGAACGAUUGCUUCAUCUGCGACAACGAAGACGACUUCCUUGAUGCCGCCGCUGACGCUGGUUUUAACGAAUGCGGAGCCUAUAUUGAAUAUAAACAACUUGCAGUGCAAAACGAGUUGUACGGAGCCCUUGAGAAGCGCCGUACAUUGCAUAAGAGAGUCAGAAGGGAGUUCCUUGAAUCUAUGAAAGGGGACCUUGUCCAGUUUGAAAAGAAGCUAGACGCCUUAUAUCAGGGCGAAGAAUUUUCAACGUUUUCUCUGGUUAGUCUAGGUGUUGACUUAGAUGGGAUAGUGAAUCGUGGGAAGCUCAAAAACGACCGGAAUCCCAAGAUAUUACGAACGUUAAUGUUUCAUCAACAUGCGGUCACGGCCCAAAAGGGAAGAUUGGACGGUAUCAAGGAGUCACAUUGGAAGGCCCACCAGACUCUGGACAACUACCUUUGGCUUGACGUAUACGACGAGCUAGAUUCUCUACGAGGAAAAAUCCGAUGGCGGACUCAGCUUUUAGAGAAUGAUCUUCGGUAUAUCGACCAAAAGCGCUCCGAGACUCCUACCCUAGUCAAUUUGUGCACCCCGUCGAUCCCUGACGGCCAACUGUUGGAAAAUACGAACGAUUACUUGGGGGAGGACCAGGGUACCGAACUAGUCUCACCAUUAUACGCCGAAGAGAAAGUGGUCGGCUCGCACCUUGAGAGCAGGCUCGUGUGCUCUGACCCGGCCAAAAAUAAAGAGCAAGCGCUAGUCAAGAUGUGA